AUGCUAGACCAACCUCCGCUCAAUCGAGUUGUCCAGCGCGAGGGUGAAGUUAAACAGGAGGCCAUUGAAACCUUUCGCCAGGACGACUUGGAUUUGCAGUACCAGGCCUCAUAUGCCAGCAGUACUGGCUACGAGGAUGAGGAUGGUAGAUUAUCUCCGAAUGCACCGGCGGGACGCAGGGCAGCCCAAAGACAACAACAACAAAUUGCUGAUCAUCCCCAUGGCCAGGUCUGCAAUGUCGAAGACGAUAUGGAGGGCUAUGAGACGCUGGAUGAGGACGACGCCAGUAAAGCCAACCAUACGGUCCUCGUUCGGCUCGAGUCCUACGACGAACUACCUAGUGAGAUUAGUCAACAUGCGCAAGCCAAGAAAUUCUGGAGGGCCGAAGGGUCGAAGGGUCAAAGGGGCAUCCAACAGGAGGGCGUUAGUGAUCAGUUUGCGAAUGAGCUCCCCAAGAUGUCAACGCUACCCGAGGAGACGGAAGGCAGGGAGUUCUUUUACGCGCCCACUGCUCAUUCGAUGCCGGCCAGAGAAGUCCUUCACAGAGCCGGCUAUGAAAAGGAUGUAAUUGCCCAGCGGGCUAAAGUUAGUCAAGUUCCUAUCCUACCAAUGGCUGCCAAGAACAAAAGUGAGGACGUCUACAUGGCCACCACCGCCGUUAACCAAUCACCUACUUCGAACGCAGUCUUUGCACAGAAUAGGUCGGAUAUGGAUCACCUGCAGGAGCCUGUCAGACAAACGAGGAAACAGAUGAGAAGUUACCAUGGUGACAUGAUGAGCGGUUUUGCUGCCAGGCAAGCAGCCGAUCUCAAAGAUCCCAUGAGCUCAUUUUCAUCUGGAGGCGGCGGCGGCGGCUUGGGCGGCCGGAACGCGAGUCGAAGGGCCAAGUCUUGCAAUCCAGGCGACGCUCUUCCCAGAGCCUAA